UGCGUGACCCUUUGACCAAAUAAUCGUUACUUAAAUACAAUACUAAGCCUAUUACUGGUGAAAAUCUUAUUUAAUGCAAUAUUGAAAUGUAAAUGGACAAGAAGGAAUUUUUGGUAAUAAAAACGUUAUAAAACAUAUAUACAUACUACAGAUGUAAUCAUGGAUUUGACUAAACUUCUACUUUCAACUUUUGUUUUAUUAAUAGCGCUGUUCGUCAAAGGUACAUCGGCUGGUUCAUAUUGUUACAACUCGUACUAUCGUGAGACUUACGACUGCGAACAUGGCUGUUGUGGGGACUACUACGAUUAUGACUAUGGGUGUUGUUCAAUAGGCGGGACUAUUGCCGGCGCCGUCGUCGGAGCGAUAAUCUUCCUUGUUAUCGUUGCUGUAGUGAUUGUUUUGUGUUGCAAACACAUGAAAAAAAGCACUGGAAGGGUUAUCAACCAUCCGCCACAGAACAAUGCUUCAACGGUGACUGUGGUCCAGCCACCACCUUACCAACCUCAAGGACCAGUUAAUGCUCCUCCCACAUACCCAGGACCACCUCCUGGAGGCCCAGGCUAUCAACCCGGACCUCCUGGAGGCCCAGGCUACCACCCCGGAAACCAGCAACCGCAGAUGUACCCUCCUCCUCCUCCGCCGGGCGGUGCAGUGUAUGACUCCGCCUAUCCACCAAAGUACUAGACUAUCCGGUCUAUUAUACAAGCUAUAUAAUGUUUGGUAACAAACAUAAGUUUAUUGGCAUUGAAGAAAAACGUAUUUAAUUUGGAUGUUACACAUUUACUGCCUCUAUAUGCACGUAUCAUGUAACCUCUACAGAGUUUAUGCUAUAAAGAACUAUAUCUCUGUUAAAAUGUUGGUGGCCGUGAGAAAAAUCAAGGGCUUAAAAUCAAGACUGCCACAUAUAUACAAGUUUAUGUUAAAACAUGUUAAAGAUAUCUGUGAUAAGAUUUACAUAUUUUUUAUAUCUUUUCAUACUAUAUAUUAAACUGAAUGUGAU